AUGAAGAUCAACAACGUUAUUGCUAGCCUGCCCCUGCUGGGCGCCGCUGCGGCGGUGGAGAUGACCCGUUAUGAACCUGCAGCAAACGUCGAGCCUGCCUUUGCGGGUUACCUGAAGGAGCUCUACGCCUCGGCCGAGGACCCCAAGUCCACCAACACCUUUACCGACAUGUUCACCCCCCAGGGUAAGCUCAUCGUGCUCGAGAACGUCGCCACCGGCCCCGCGGCCAUCGUCAAGCUCAAGCAGGCCCUUUUGCCUACCGCCGGCAACAAGCACUGGAACCACCUUCCCAACAUCACCACCGUCGACUCGCAGACCGCGAGCCAAAAGACCUACAAGGUCCUCGGUGUCAUCGAGACCCGCUUCGACGGCGGCAACUGCUCCCAGGCCUACUACUCGACCCGCUUCACUGUCACCAAGGACGCCUCUGGCGCUCCUCAGUUGAAGCCCCAUGCUGGCAACUUGGUGCUCUACGAUGACUUUGUCGUCGAGCCCUCCAAGAGCCCCACCGACAUCCCCUGCGGUACCGUCUAG